UUUAGAGUAUUAAGCCUUUCUACAUUGAAUUUGGAGAUACUUGAUCAAUCUGGUCACAGAGAGAGAGAGAGAUGGGUGACACUGCCGUUGAUUUUUUCCUUGAGACAUUGAAGCAGCUUAUAACAGGCUCCAAGCUCCAUUCGAUCUUAGACAAGAAACAUCAACUUGAAUCUCUCGAGGAGGAGAUAAAGUACUUGAGAGGGUUUCUCAAGGCUACGGAGAAGAUACGCAAGGAGUAUUCGGAACUGAUGGAACUGGUAAUGCAAAUCAGGAGCGUGGUAUCCGAGGCAGAAAACAUCUUAGACCUGUUUGUAAUCGAUUCUUUCAAGCUUGACAAUCCUUCCCUUGACCUUGAAAGUGUCAAAAAGGAGAUCAAGGAUCUUACAGCUGAGGUGAAGCAAAUUUACGACGAGAAUAUGUAUGAUAUUAAUGGAGCAACAGUCAACAAACUCAAGCACUCUUCGAUUGGAAGUGGAGGGGUUGAAUCAAUUGCUACGAAUAAGGACUACGAAUGGACAGUGACAGGGGACUCCCUAGAUGUAGUGAAAAUAGUGACGAGAAUGAGGAAGUUGUGCGGCUAUGCAGAAAUUAUCUCAGUAAGUCUAGUAGAAAAAACAAAAUCUGAGAGAAAAAUGAAGAAAGUGGUGGUGCAAGGGUCGUGCCCAGACGAGAGAGUUAGGCAAAAGACCAUGGUGGCACUCUCUAGUAUCUCAGGUGUCUGUAGUAUCUCAGUGAAAGUGGUCAAAGAGCUGGUGGUGGGUUUCGAGGAGGAGGUAAAAAGAGUAAUAGAGAAGCUUGAUGAAGGAGGACAAGGCAAACCGCUGGAGAUUAUAACAAUCAUCGGCACAGGUGGAGGCGGCAAAACCACUUUGGCCAGAGAAGUGUAUCAUCAUCCUUUCACCAAACAUACUUUUCAAAUUCGUGCAUGGGUUGAUGUUUCUCAAGAUUAUGAUAAUACUAUGAAGAGGGAUUUGUUGAUUUGUAUUUUGAAAUUAGUUUCCCCAGAAAACCAUCAAGAUUACGAGAAGAGAAGUGAGGAUAAGUUGGGAGAAGACUUGCACAAAUGCUUGAAGGGUAGGAAAUAUCUCAUAGUCAUGGAUGACAUUUGGGGCAUUGAAGCGUGGAAUGAUAUGCAAAGAUCAUUUCCUAGGGAAUGCAAGGGGAGUAAAGUGUUGUUCACUAGUCGACUUGUUGUUCAACCUGACAGCAUCGGCUGCGUCCCUCAUUGUUUGGCUCUCUUACCAAAAAGUUGGAGUUGGGAGUUGUUACAGAAGAAGGUAUUUGGGAUAAAAAACUGCCCACUGGAGUUGGUGGAAAUUGGCAAGCGCAUCGCAGAAAAAUGUGAAGGUUUACCACUCGCAAUUGUCACAGUAGCUGGCAUUUUGGCAACAGAAGACAAGACACCUAAUGUGUGGGAGGAAGUUGCCAAACAUAUAAGUUCGAUUAUUGCCAAAAAUCAGGAGCGCUGCAUGGAGAUACUAGAACUUAGUUACAAUCACCUCCCUCUUCAUUUGAAAGUGUGUUUUAUUUAUAUUGGAGCAUUCCCUGAAGAUUAUGAAAUCCAUGUACGGGAGUUGAUGUGGUUCUGGAUCGCAGAGGGAUUUAUUCAGCCAAGUGAUCAUGGGGGGGAAAGCUUAGAGGCCAUAGCAAAUAAUUACUUAAUCGAUCUCAUUAAUAGAAAUCUCGUAAUGAUAGCUAGGAAAAGGUCCUUGGGUGAAAUUAAAGCAUGCCGUAUCCAUGAUCUUCUGCGUGAAUUAUGCUUGAAAAAAGCCGAGGAGGAUAAUUUCCUUGUGAAAAUUAACGAGGAUGAUUCUUUAUCACCAUCUGCUACGCAUAAGUAUCGUCGCCUCUUCAUUGGCUGCAAGUUCUUGCCUAAGUUUUCCUUUGGGCCUCGUGCUCAGAACCUUCAUUCUUUUCUGUGCCUUUGCUCAAGAAACUGCCCGUGUUUACCAGGUGAACGAAAUAUGGCAUUCAUUUUUGAAAACUUCAAACUUCUAAGGGUGCUAAGUUUUAACCCCGCUGAAUGCGGAGGAGGAGAAGAAUUAGCACACCUAGUUCAUUUGAGAUACUUAGCAUGUACGUUAAGGGCCGACCACUGGAGGCUUGCGCCAAUUAACUACCCCUUGAACCUAGAAAUCCUUGACGUCCAAGCUCUGCAGAACAGUGAUCACAUUGAGUUGCCUCUCGAUAUAUUUAAGAUGGUUAAGUUGAGGCAUAUUUAUAGUAGAGCAGGGAUAUUUACGUAUCAUGUUUCUUCUCAAGGAGCAAGAAUUGGUUCUGAUCAUUCCGCUAGGUUGGAUAGCCUACAGAGCUUGGACCGAAUAUGUUCUUGUGACGAUUGCCGAACUUUCUUGGCAAGGAUUCCCAAUCUUAGGAAGCUAGGAGUUGAAGCAAAUCAAAUAUCAUUGGAUGGUGUUUUGAUGAUCCGCGACCUAGAGUUCUUAAAAUGCCUUGAAACACUCAAAUUUACCAUGGCAUGGUACAGUACCCAUACUCAGAACCGUACUUUUCCGUCGGGGCUGAAGCUUCCUCCGACUGUUAAACGAAUAACGUUGCACAAUGUGCAGAUAAAGUGGGAGGAGCUGUCAAUCCUCCAAACCCUGCCAAGCCUUGAGGUUCUCAAAUUAUUAGACAAGGCUUGUGAGGGACCAGUUUGGAACACAAGUGAAGAAGGGUUCUCUCGACUCAAGUACUUGAAGCUUAAGCAUUUGGAUAUCAAGGAGUGGAAUGCUUCUGAAGAUCAAUUUCCGAGUCUUGUGGUCUUAGUGAUCGAAGGUUGCGAAAACUUGGAGCGGAUCCCGAUUGACUUUGCUAAACUAAACGAACUUUGCGAAAUUAACUUAACAGCGUGCAGUAGGUCUGUCGCGAUAUCGGCCUUGGAUAUUCGGAAAGAGCAGAUAAAUGAAAAAGGAGAUGAUUGUUUCCUAGAUAUCCGUGGCACAGAUAUUUUGCUAGGUGGGGAGGAUACAGUGGAUCCCAGAUUCAUUGUGGACCCUGAUGUGUGAACUCGAGAGUUAUACUUCCUCCGUCCCAAUUUAAAAAAGUUG